AUGCCGUCGGUGCCCUCCGAGAUGACUUGUGUUGAAGAUCUGAAAGUGCUGAUUGUCGGUCCGCGAGAAGUCAGUCUUCGUUGGCGUCUCGGUGACGAAGCGAUCGACGCUCUGGAGGCUCUCUGCGGUCGAACCGGACCUCGCGCGGGAAUGAUGGACAGCGGCUAUGGAGACUCCACAGUACCCAGCAUUCCAGUGACCGAGGAACUGCGUCAAUCAGUGCGCUACUCAGUGGAGCGACGAGACGCCUUCUCUUCUGACUGGUACACCGUCGCCGACAACAUCCACGGCGACCUCACUGGCAAGGUCAAGGUGCACAAUUGUCCCAAACAGAUGUACGGCAAUGAGUACCGUGUGACGGCUUGGCUUAACAACCAACCUUGUGCUCCAAGUCGACCUGCGCGGAUUAAUAUAAAAACAGCUGAACUGGCUCCCGAUCUGUCGUGCCAGAAGGUCAACGUGGACGUCAGCAAUGUGGAUGAAUAUCGCAUUUCCUAUCCCGAGGACAAACUGGAAAGCUUCUUUGCCGACCACAUUCUUGCUUCCACACUGCCACAGAGUCUAGAAGAGGAUCUUACCUUCGACGUUGAGGCGAUGAAAGGCAACUCGAAAGAAUGGGAAAAGAUCGCCACUGGAUUGCCGUCUCCUUCAUUCGCUUGGACCAACGUGAACCCCCUCCUGCCGUACACUUUCCGAAUUGUAGGAAGAAAUCAGUUUGGCGUGGGUCAGCCAUCCCGCAUGACUCAUGUCGAUGCUCAAGUCGUGAUACCUGAUCUGUCCUUCGUUGUUCCAACGGUGCGUGAGCCAUCCGGUGUUCUGGAAGGCAGAGAGCCCGCUGAGCUGCGCUGGCAGACGCCCAGGAUCUACAGCCUCACCGAAACGUUCACACCCUUCACCUACGAGGUCCAGAUCCGUCCUGUGGGUCUUGGCGAGGCCUCCAACGAGUGGAAGGUAUUCAAGGAAGGUCUCAAGCAGCCGCGUUGUUCUCUGGAAGGCCUAGAUCCGGGACUAGAGUACGCUCUCCGUGUGGUCGCUGUGACCAACUUCGGCAGGGGUGAGCCAAGCCAACCAACGCGCAAGAGAAGAGGUCGAGGAAAUCGUUCCCUCCAAUCGGCUAGCAGUUGGGGAAGUUUGACAAGCCCUCAUGACUCAGCACCGCCGCAAUUUGAAGAUCCCUCGCCUUCAGUUGUCUACGUGCCAGCCGGUGGGGAUCUGGACCUUCGAUGCACGCUGACCGCCGUCAAUGUGAAAACCCCUGUGCACUUUGUUUGGUCCUUCAACUUUCAAGAGAUCCCCAAUCUUCCGAAGCACGAACAAUUUCCAUCAGGCUACUUCCAGCACGUGACAGGUGGUGGCAAACAGGCACAACUGCGGCUCUUCGACUUGGAUGAGAGGGACUUUGGAACCUACACCUGCAAGGCCGUCAACGCCUUCGGCAGCACCAUCAAAGAGUUUCGUGUGCUUCGAGCUGAUGCUCCGGUGAUCACUGAAGUGCCUCUACCAAUCAUAACUCUGCCCGUUCACCACACACUCCUGCUGCCUUGUUGGGUUGACGCUGUGCCACCAGCCAAGAUCACGUGGACGCGCGACUCAAAACGUCUGACGUCAUCCCACCGCACGUGGAUUGGUGGAGAGACGAAUGGAAUGGUUGGCAGCCCCGCCACAACGUCACUUGAUUGGUCGGAGGAGGUGGAGUACGGCGAGUUGAGCGUCGAUGCCUCGUUGAGGGUGGAGAGGUGCGUUUUCCAAGAUGCUGGACUGUACACCAUGAUUGCUGAGAAUCCUGCUGGCCGAGCCCAGACGAGCUGCAUUGUUCGAGUUGAGGAAACCCUCACUCCACGAACGAUAACACCGAGGUGGUCAAAUAUCGACAAGCACUACUUCGUUCUCCAUCAAAUUGGAACUGGUUCCUUCAGCCGUGCGCACCUUCUGAUCGACAAGAAGACUAAUCGAGAGUACGUCGGGAAGGUGUAUGCUCUCGACGAUGUAAUGACUCGCGUCCUGGGUGCUCGCGAAUUCGAAUGCCUCAACCGACUUCACCACAACAAUGUCCUCGAGUUGGUUGACACGGUCAUUAGUGACGACCAUCUCGUUCUCAUUACCGAGAGACUGACAGGGAAUCAUUUGCUCGAAGAGGUGCUUCUGGGACACACGUGGACGGAGGCUGCUGUGGCAAUGCUGGUGAAGGAACUGCUUGAAGCCGUAGCACAUGUCCACGCUGAAGGGAUCGUUCACCUCGACAUUCAGCCAGACAAUGUCAUCUUUCCACGUGGAACUUCCUCUCGAAGCGUUGGGUUAGAAGGACUUAUGCAAGCCUUAAGCUGUCUGUCAGUGGACACCACGGGUGCUGGAGGUCGCAGCGACCUCGGCGUGGUCUCGUGUUUCGUCAAACUCACCGGAUUCUCAAUGGCCCAGCCCGUGUUCGAUCGGUCAAAUCUGCAGCUGGCAAGCAUCAUGCCUCCGCCCCUGUGGUGUCCCGAUUUCGCGGCCCCGGAACUCCUGCGGACCACUACUUCAGUGGAGGACGAUGACCACGGAUCGGGAGUUGGUGUAGCCGCCGAUAUCUGGAGCGUUGGAAUCAUAACUUACCUCCUACUCUUUGGAGAACAUCCAGUCAUCCACAAGUCGGACGACACGCUGAAUGUUGAGGAUGUCGCUUCCAUUGAAGACAGACUGGCUGGAAUGACCAAUUCCUUAGCUGGCGAAGCGCAAGAGGACGCUUCACCAGAAGCGAUCGACUUCCUUCGGCAUCUGUUGACCGCGGAACCCACUAAACGUCCAUCGGCCACGCAGUGUCUAAGGCAUCCAUGGUUCACGGAAAGUGGUAAAUCAGCUAGAAAUCUCGAGAAUAGUCUACAAAAACUCAAGGAUUACCAGCGGAUCUACCAAAAAAGGAAGUCGAUUCCAACGGACAGUUGGCGGCGCGAGUGUUUCCUGAAGUUUGCUGGUGAAGCUUGUGCCCACUCGCUACCGCAACCGGCUGAGCCCAAUCGCCGAGCGAGCUCCACGCAGCCGCAGUGGUCGUUGGCGGGCGAUGUGGAGAACGUGGACGCUCAGCGAUCGGCUCGAGGCUUCAGCAUUGAUCGCGAUUUGACAAACCGCAUUUCGACACUAAUGGUGCCACCAAAGGAUCGUGGAGGUGUUGGAGGAUCAGGCGGUUCGUCUCUACGAUCGUCGAUGUUGCACCUCGACAUUACUGAAUUUCAAGUGGACCAGUCUCCGAUCGAAUCUCCCUCGCCGCGACUGGAUCCAUGGGCGGGACUUCGCGCGACUUCUGACUCCUGUAUUCAGCGAUCUCGAAGUCCUAGCCUUCUCUCUGCCGACGACUCCUCCGAGCCAAUCAAACGCCUCUGCGAUAACAUCUCCAGGGAGCGGGAGGAGCAGAUCCUUCCAGUUCGCAACUGCCUCUGUGAGGGUCAGAUCCGUCCAACUUCGAAAAUCGCGCCUGCCUUCUCCAAUCCCUUGCGCGACAGUCACAUUGAUCCGCUGAGCAAUGCCGUCUUCUUCUCCUGCCAACUUGCUGGAACUCCGAGAUUUCCGUCUGUUGACGUCCUCUACCAGCGCAAGAACCGCAACGAAGUCGACGCGCUCGGACUUGCGGAUUUCGCGAUUGGUGCUCCCAGUGGAGUUGGAAAUGUCGCCGCGGCGUGGUACCUCGGUGGCUGUCUGCUGACUGACGGUCCAGGUGUGAUGCUGGGCGCCUCGCAAGGCGGGUGGCUGUGGCUGCGGCUGGAAGAUGCAGAUCGCGUGCAGGCUGGCAAAGUUGUCGAGUGUGUUGUGAGGUCGCGGAACGGAAAAGCGAAAACACAGGCUCGUAUCCUUCUGCCAGGCAAGCUAUUCCAAGAUGCAUCAAGUCAGCUUUACUCUAGGGACCUAAACAAACCGAUUCUCGGUUUUUUAGAACCUCCGUCUCCGCCUGGUCGUCCAGGAAUCCUGCAGUCUGCGUCGAAUGAGGUUCUCGUGGCCUGGACCUGUGGAAACGAUGACAGUUGCGAGGACUUUGUCUACCGAGUUGAUUUGAAGUAUCCCGACGCUAAACCGAUUGCAUCCGCUUGGCGAACCGUGGGGUAUACUGUCGACAGACGAUACCUUAUCACAGCACUGGAACCAGAUCUUGCAUACCGCGUUCGAGUCUCCGUGCGCAAUGCUGUUGGGUGGAGUGGGUACAGCAUUGCCUCGUCCGAAUUCCGACUGCAUUCUGGCAAUGCUAAGAGCGUAAAUCUGCCUGAAGACGAACGUCGAUGGAUUCUGGACUGGCGACAGGCCUCGCAUCCCUUCGGGUUGAGUGACCACCCGGAGGCGCUUGCAGCCAAUCGGAAGAGGCUCCCCACAACACCAAGUGAUGAUGAUGAUCACUAUGAUGACCCCUUUGAUCGUCCACCGCCUUCUGGUAUCGCUGGUGAAAUAGCUCGCACUUGUGGACUCUUUCCCCACGCCGAAGCCGUCAAGAGGCUCUGCCAGACAGAAGGCAUUGUCGCCAAGGGCUCCUUCGGGAGCAAAGUGCUUCUACGGUGUCAUCCAGCGCUGGUGGAAAGAGGUUACAUUCCAGGCAUGAAGCAGGAGAGACAGCCCUUCGGUCUUCCGGCGUUCGUGAUGGCAGAUCUGACGGACGUCAUCGAUGACGAGGGGCUGGAACGCAGGGCGAGGCAGAAGGCCAUCAUCCAGACUCUCGUGCACUCCUCCGCGCCAACACGCGCCUCGGACGGCCUUGAGGGGGCUCCGAUGUUUAGCCAGCAGUUCAGCAUUCGAACGCCUCCCCUCCUACAGGGUCUCUCGCUUGGGUGGCUUGCCAACGACGCUGCCAAACCCACUGCGGGACUCUCCGUCUCCCAGUGGAUCUCUGGUGGUCCCCUUAUUGACGUGUUGCUUGCUCGAGGCGAAUACACCGAGUUCAGCGUUGCUCGAUGGACCUGCCAGCUGACGCUUGCUCUCCGCUGGCUACACACAACCUUCCACGGACGUCUACAUGGACGCGUCGACUUCGAUCACGUCCACGCCGCACGACGAUCCUCCACACUGCCCGACCUGGUCUUGACCGGCCUUGAACCUGUCGAUGGUUGGGUCUCCCUAAAGGACUGUUUUACUGCUCCAGAACUCGAUUCUGGCGGAAGAUGCAACGCUCUCUCCGACCUUUGGAGUCUUGGAGCAUUCGCGUAUUUCCUGCUCUUGGCAGAGAGCUUUUACACGACGUCGGCAACGGAGAGAGACGUGUCCCGGACCCCCACACCCACUGGUGACACCGUUGCCGAGCGUGGUCCAAGCAAAAAUGAAUCGAAAACCCCAAUGCCUGGAGGUUACAAACAUCUGGACCGCCCUGAAGUCAACUUGAAGGCCAUCAAGCAACUGUCCAAGUGGGGCAGACGCUUCGUCUACAAUGCGUUGCAGGCGGACCCCAUGAGUCGUGGAACCCUUGAUUUCUGGCUGGAAGGUGAUUGGUUUAGCCUUCGUCCUGAGAUAGUGAAACAACUCUCCGUGAACACGAUCCCCUCCAAGUACCUGCGAGUCUUCCAAUCAACAGAGACCUCCCACGGAGUGAUCCCGCUUCGGCCGGGUGACGCAGACCCCCUUUCGAUGGUGUGA